AUGAACCGCGAGCCAAGCGACGUGGAGGAUGACGACGAUGAUGAUGACGACGACGAGGAGGAGAGCGAAGAAGACGAGGUGGACGAAGAGUUGGAUGAUGAAGACGAGGACGAGGAUAGCGAGGACGACGCGCGAGGACGAACCUCCGCUCCCUACAAAAGUGGCCCGCGUGAUGCCCGCGGGCCUCCUGGGGACACGACCAUUAUACCAUGGGCGAGGGAAAUUGGCGUGGACCCGCAGAAGAUGCACGUCAUGCAAACUUCCCUUUUCCGAAUGCCGGAAGAAGAACGUGCCCUCAAAGCUCUCAAUCAGCCCCAGUCGCGUAAGAGACUCCUGCUUCCCUCCACCCUCAGCCGGAAACACAGUAGAGACUCCGAAGGCGAGGGCUACCGCGCAGAUUCACGUCAGCGCGCGUCGUUCGCGCACGACAUAGAACCCGAACCGUAUCACCCAUCACGGAAAUACUCGCGCGUAGAAAGCUCUGCAUCCGCGUUUUCAGGCUAUGAGCACGCAUAUAUUGAUGCCGGCCUGUCAUUUGGCCGCUCGUUCCGCGUAGGAUGGGGUCCUGGAGGAACGCUUGUCCACCUAGGCGAACUCUGCGGACCUGCAAGCUCAUCGAAAUCCUCCGCCAACGCUUCAGUCAUCAAGCUCAGCAAGAUACCUCUCCUCUCCGCAGACGCGUCUGACGCGUCAGCGCAGUCCUCCCGCUUGCUCUCCCACCAUCUCAGCAACACCGUGAUUGAAGAAGAUGCAGACGGCGUCCCGUUUGCCAAUCCUUCUCUCAGGCUCACCUUCGCGUCCUUCGUGGCGCAAUUCCCAUCAACCGACCUCUCUUUCGAACCUGCUUUGUUUCGCCUGGGCCACGCUUUGUUCGACCCAAUUGACUUCCGCUUUGACGAUGUUCCGGACGUCCACGUCAGGCAUCGCAUCAGAGCCAUUAGGCGAAAGACCGAACUGUCGAAAUGGCUCAAGACCGCCGUCUCCUCCGCAAUGGACGCCGACCUUCGUGACCAUCUUGACACGAAAUGGGACAGGACGGUAUUCACGUUGCUCAGUGGCUACCAGGUCGAGCGCGCGUGCGAGACGGCGGCCGAUGGCGGUAACGUCAAGCUGGCGUCACUCAUUGCGCAGUGCCCCGGUGACGCAGAGUUCCGGGCAGAUCUGCAGGAACAGCUCGAGAUCUGGCGACAAGAGCGAAUCGACGCUCACAUGGGCGAGGGAACCCGCAAGGUCUACGCGUUGCUGGCCGGAGUUGCGGAUACACUCAAGGGCUCGGGCGGCAGCGGGAUUGAGCAGAGCGCAGACGUGGACCUCGCGCGGGGCCUAGACUGGAAGCGCGCGUUUGGUCUGCAGCUGUGGUAUGGGCUGCCGAUGGACGCAUCUCUCGCGGAUGUUUUCGACGCGUACGACACUUUGUGGAAGGAAGGGCGAUCCAAUGUUGCGCCACCUGCACCCUGGUACGCAGAGCGCCCAGACAGCGCAGACUCGCUCUGGAAGCUACCUAGAGAAGCGCAGCACCCGGACGCUCUAUACUUGCUCAUCAAGCUAGCCGCGGACCCAGAUUGCAAUCUGUCCGAGGUUCUCUCCUCGUUCUCCUUCAGCCCGUCUCCCACCGACUACCGGCUUCCUUGGCAUCUUUACAUCCUCCUCUCCCGGUGCCUGCGUGCCCGCGAUCUCGCGGACAGAGAUACCUCGGUGAGACGAAGAGAUCAAGAAGACGAUGACGGGGUGGAAGGGCACAGCCCCAGUGCCGAUCUGCUGGCGAACAGUUAUGCAUCUCAGCUGGAGCAGCUCGGCAUGAUCCAGGAGGCCGUGUUCGUCCUGCUGCACGUCGAAGGGUCUGCGGGACGGGUGAAGGUGAUCAAGGAGUUGCUGACUCGUUCGGCCGCGAAGCUUGAUGACUGGGUGACCCGUGGGCUCGUCGGGAGUCUCAAAAUCCCCGUAGCUUGGAUCAACGAAGCUAAGGCUAUCCACGCCCUCGACAGCGGGAAGGUGUACGAGGCCUACGAACUGUAUCUCUCUGCGGGAUUGUACAACGCUGCCCACGACAUCGCCGUACUCGAGCUGGCGCCGGACGCUGUCAUUCGUGACGACCUUGCGCUUCUACGCGAACUGUUUGACGUCUUUGACGGCCGCCCUGUCAACGGCUGGAACGAGCGCGGAAAGGUGUUCCUGGACUACGCCCAAGCCCUGACUCGCCUCCCCCAACUGCGGGAACGCCUCGUCCAGGGCGACGGCGCGCUCGAUGCGGACGAAACGUCCGAGCUCGACCACUUCUCCCGUAGCGUGCCCAAGCUUGUCAGCAUCCUUCCGGACGUACUCCCCGAUCGCUCAAACAUUCGCCACACCGCGGCGGCGGCGGAGAUGACCACACGUCUCGUGCGCCAUCUCGACCAGAUCCGGCCUGUGGCCCUCGCGCAAGCUCAGAUCCGGACGCCCUUCUUCGGCGAGGCGACGCGGGUGCGGAACAUCCACUCGACCAUGUACGAGCGGUUCCUCCGGACGAUCGAGGUGGCAUGA